AUGGCUUCAAGCUCGCAAAGCGGCGACCCAUUCGUUAUCCACCACCCGGAUUUGCAAUCUUCUUAUCUCCUUAUUCGCCAUCACACGAUCGCCUUCGUCGCAAGCCUUCGUGCUUCAUUUCCAUCGCGAAGUCAUUUUUGCAUCUCUCGCAUUGCGUCUGUGUUCAGCAAAUUUUUUUGCUUUCCCGUAGUGGUGACUAUGGCGGCCUUGGCGAGCUCGGCCGUGGUGGUGGCAGCGUUGCCUGCGUCGUUGAUGCCCUCGGGAUUGAACUCCCGAAGAGUGGUGAGCGUCGGUGCCUUCGAGAGGCGCGAGGCUGUGGAGCGUGUGGCGAGGAAGGCCUUGGAGGUGCGGGCAGGGAUUUCGUCGUUGUCGGAGCUGGAGGGGAGCGUGAAGCAAGCGAUUCGUUGUGUGAAAGAUGCCGCAUCGCAGAAUGCUCUCAUGAAGCAAGCGUCGUUCCUGGCAUUCAAUGCGCUUAUGGUGUUGCCCGCGCUGGCAGAAGAGGUCGAGAAGGAGCCGAAGGGUAAGAUUUUUGACUUCAACUUGACGCUGCCGAUCAUCGCCGUGCAGUUCCUACUGCUUAUGGUUGCCCUUGACAACAUUUGGUUCAAGCCCGUCGCGAAGGUGAUGGAUAGUCGUGAUGAGGCCAUUCGUUCCAAGCUCAUGGGCGUGAGGGACAACUCGGGUGAGAUUAAGAAUCUGCAAAAUGAGGCUGAGGCUAUUCUCAAAGCUGCCCGCAUCGAGACCACCGAGGCUCUGGCCAAGACAAAGAAGGAGACUGCUGCUAUGCUAGAUGAGAAGCUCCAGGAAUCCCGAAACAGGAUUGAGAAGGAACUCGCGCAGUCCCUUGCCAAUUUGGAGGAGCAGAAGCAGGAUACGCUUCGUAGUUUGGACACGCAGGUGCAGCAGUUGAGUGAUGAUAUCCUCAGCAAGGUUAUCCCCUUCAAGGUUUGA